AUGGACCCGAAAAAUCAGGUAUACCCUUCGUUCAACGAACUGCCGCUGCAGAAGGAUGGCCCUGCCGGCAACGCAUGGGGGCUUUGGGGUCCUGAUGAUCAACUUGGGUGUUUAAAUCAUCUUACAGAUGAUGUGGUGGCGAGAGCAGCAAGGGAGGAAAUUAGAACUGGAUCACGGAUCUCUUUGAAUUGGGCUUUAAAUGCCUCAUCAUAUCCUACCUUGACGCGCAAAAACUUGGAGCUCAAGUUGAUUAACAAAGCGCCUCUGAAAAUUGCUCAUGAUGAUGAGUGGUCGUUUAACCCACAAUGUAGCUCACAGUGGGAUGGAUUUCGACAUUACGCUUACCAGAAAGAGGAGCUAUACUAUAUGGGUCGAACGGCAGAGGAGUUCAGAGAAUCCACAAAUCCGAACGGAGUUCAACAACGGGGUAUUGGUGGACGUGGAAUACUCAUAGACUGGUACAGAUGGUAUCAAGCAAACGGCCACACUGUCGAUGCCAUGAGUCCUCAUCCGGUCCCGUUUGACCAACUGAUUGAGGUACUGAGAUAUCAAGGGUUAACAGAUAAGGACAUUCGACCAGGCGAUAUCCUCCUGAUUCGGUUUGGCUACAUCAAUCAGUAUGAGAAUAUGAGAGGAGACAAACGAGCUCGACUCGAUGCGCUCUACAAGAAGCAAAAACCUGAGAAUAUCGGAAUUGAGCCAUCGGAAGCAUUAUUGAGAUUUCUCUGGGAAAAGAAGGUCUCCGCCGUUGCAGGCGAUACGCGAUCGUUCGAAGUUUGGCCUUGCACACAGGCUCAGUGGCAUCUUCAUGAGUGGUUGCUUGCUGGAUGGGGAAUGCCUAUUGGAGAGUUGUUCGACUUGGAAAAGUUGAGCAAAGCUUGCAGUGAAGCGGAAAGAUAUACCUUCUUCUUCACUAGCGCCCCUAUGAAUGCCCCUGGGGCUGUUUCAAGCCCUCCUAAUGCUUUUGCAUUUUUCUAA